AUGUCUCUUAACACGGCUCACGCCGAUCACGGUGUGUUAAUUCAUUCUGGAGAAUGUAUAAUUUUAUUCUCUGACAAUGUCACAGUGGAGUUCUAUGGAAAUGAUACCCCCCAAUUUAAAGGGCCUAAAGUUGGUCGCAUGUACCUCACAACUCACCGAAUGAUAUACAACUCUAAAAACAAUACAGACUCCUUGAGGUCUUUUAGUUUUCCGUUUGUUGCAUUGCAAGAUGUCACUGUGGAGCAGCCAAUGUUCAGUGCUAAUUACAUCAAGGGAAAGAUUCACGCACAGCCAAAUGGAAACUUCAUUGGUGAAGUGAAAUUUAAGCUCACAUUCAAAUCUGGAGGUGCCAUUGAGUUUGGAACUGCGAUGCUCAAAGCAGCACAUCUAGCAUCUCGUCAUUCUGACCCCAAUGCACCACCUCCGCCAUACACAGCACCAAGUGGGCCAUGGUAUGCUGCCCCUCCACCAGCAUAUGCCCCACCUCCUCAGGGAUACUAUGGCUGGGUCCCACCUUACAAUGCAUUCCCAGAUCAGCCAGCUCCGAACUCCGUAUUCAUUGCGAACAGCCCGCCACCGUACCCAGGCGUGAUGGGUGCGGCUUACCCGGCUGGCUCUGGCUUCUCAGGUAACGGAGCCGUGAAUGGGGCCAGUUACCCAGGGGCACCACCUAGUUACCCGGGUAACAAUAACCCACCCGGAUAUCCGGGCAAUGCGACCGCGCCCCCGCCUGGAUUUGCAGGUGGUUUCGUACCUCCACCUGGAAUGUCGUCGAACGAUGCUAAGGCCGCUGAGGCGGCUCAAAGCGCUUACUAUGACCCAAACAAGCCCCAGACAGCUUAUGUACCACCACCAUACGAUCGCCCCCCGACCUAUCAGGAAUCGACAUCGAAAAAAGAGAACUGA